AUGCAGGACCCUUACGCUAGUGCGGACGCCGCCUCGCAGAGCAGCGUCGAGUUCGGGAAGCUGGGCCCAGCGUUUGGCUCCGCCUGGACCACGCCGGCGCCUGGCGCCGCGCCGCUGCAACAGCCGGACUUCCUGUUUGAGGAGACGGCGGAUGCCAUGUACCGCCGGUCGUGGGGCGACCGCCUGACCUACCACAUCGGUGUUGGCUACCUCGUCGGGCUGGUGGCGGGCGGCAGUUGGGGCCUGUACGAGGGCCUCAAAUCGUCUACGGGUGAGCGGCAGCGGAUCCGGAUCAAUGCGGUGCUUAACGCGACGGGCAAGCACGGGCCGGGGCUGGGCAACUCGGUCGGCUGCCUCGGCAUGAUGUUCUCCACCUUCGAGACCCUCGCCUUCAACUUUCGCGGCGAGGACGACAUGCUCAACGUGAUGGGCGCGGGCGCUCUGGCCGGAGGCAUCUUCAAGUCGCAGGCGCGGCGGGGCCCGGGGGCGGAGGGCGCGAACAUGCUCUGCAUGUAG